AAGGUCACACCCAGUUAUUGCCAGUUACGUGCCACCUUAUCAUUUUACGGCCUUUGAGCAAGAGACCGAAGGUUGGGCUGCCUUUAUGAAGCACACAGAGGAGGGGAGAGGGAGACAGCAUCUAAGCUUGGUGUGAGAGGUUCCCCAGUGCUCCAGCUUGCGACAAUAGAAGAUCUUUUUUUCCUGUGAAUUCCUUUGUGGGAGAAUACCUUACUAUUCAAAUUGACCAUGUCAGCAGCUUUUGAGAUUACUGGCUUCUUGAUGGGGCUGGCAGGGUGGAUGCUUACUGGAUCAACAUUGGCAAACAAUUACUGGAAGAUUUCUACUGUUUAUGGGAGCGUAAUCACAAGCUCAAGAUUGUAUGAAAAUCUAUGGAAAAGCUGUGCCCAGGACAGUACUGGCGUCUUCAACUGUCGAAUGUUUGAGACAAUGCUCGGUCUUCCAGCUUAUGUCCAAGCAUGCCGCGCUCUGAUGAUUAUUGCCAUCAUUCUGGGAGUUAUCUCCUCAGUGCUGACACUAUUUGGCCUGAAAUGCACCAACGUUGGGAACAUGGAUGAGGCAGUCAAAGGGAAGAUUGCGGUGACAGGUGGCAUUAUCUUCAUCCUUGCAGGUCUGUGUGGAAUAGUACCAGUUUCCUGGUAUGCCUACAACAUUACAAUGGAGUUCUACAACCCCAUCUUCGGUGGAACUAAGUAUGAACUCGGGUCUGCCCUUUACAUUGGAUGGGCUGGGUCUGCUCUCCUUAUCCUGGGAGGUUCGUUCUUGUGUUGUUCCUGCAAAAGAGCCAAAAAAAAUGGUGGCUACAAGUAUGCUUCUGCUCAAGGUGGGCAACGGAUCUACACAAAGACAGAAUCAGCUCAGUCAAAAGCCUACGUCUAAACCAGAGACUUUCAAAGAAGAAUGCUUUUUUGUUUAUGUUACUCAGGUCUUCAAAUGUCUUUCAAGAAAAGUAUGUGUUUGCAGUCCAAUCAUUAUGGCACUCUGUGAAACAUUUAAAUAAGUAAGAUAGAUUUCUGCAGACACAAGAGACUGCAGACACUGGAAUCUGGAGCAACAAACAAUCUGCUGGAGGAACUCAGCAGGCUGAGUAGCAUCUGUGGGAGGAAAGGAAUUGUCGAUGUUUUGGGUCAUGAUGCAGGGUUUCAACCCAAAACAUUGACAAUUCAUUUCGACCUACUGAGUUCUUCCAGCAGGUGUUUGUUGCUCCGGAUAGAUUUCUACACUGUACUGCCGAAUGCCUUGAGUGUUUAUUCGAGACAAUGCCAGAGUUUUUUGUUUCAAUUUGUGCAGUGGGUGUAUGUUCAAUUACUCCAGCAUUGGGGGACUGCCUCUGCCUCAGUGUGAUCUUAGCGGGUUGGGUUCUACUGAGAGUCAAUGGACUAAGAAUAGAUGAACACCAUGAGGCGAGGGAAGGGAGAGAAGAGUUUGCAAGGGUACCCAACACAAAAAGUUCUCCACAAGUUUGGUCAUCCCAAGAUUUAAAGAGGCAGGCAAUGCCUAUUAGGAUGGUAAUUGCUGCUGGAAGCCAAAGUGUCCCAAAGAGGCAGUGAUCAUCUUUCAGAGAGCAAGUCAUGCAAUGCAGAACCAGUGAGCGACAGAUUCCUGCCAUCCCAUCUCCGAUGGGGACGGUGUUUAUGGGAAUGGUUUCCCCAAGCAUGCUUUCCUGGUGAGGGGAGAUGAUCACAUGGAGCACUGACUGAGGGAAGGUCUUGCAGUUCCUGGUUUGCCUUUUGUUACAUUAAAUGGAUAGAAAACCAAGGUCCAAGGAUUCAUAACGUCCUUGUGAAAUCUCUUCACUACUCACUAGGAAUGCCCACUCAUAGCACGAACAUUUCUUCAGGACAUUAAAUUUACUUGAGACAAAUAAGCUGGCAGCAGCAUGACAAGUAGCCUCCUCUCUGUAGUUAGUCUCUAUCCUGGGCCUCUCUGUGGUAAGGCUCCAUCUUGGACGUCUUUGUUGUUGGACUCUAUCCUGGUCUAUUCUAUGGUUAGGGUUUAUCUAGAUUCCAGCACUGGUAGCCUUUGUGUUCCUGCUUAUCACCCUCCAGCAACUGUCUCAACCUUCACCUCUUCCUCCUGGCUCCAUCUUCCUCUUUUCUUGUCUGCUUCCAUCUAUCAUCCACCUGCCUCCGUCUCCCAACUCCAUCCUUUCCCCUCCCCUACCUGGCUCGAUCUGCCCGUCAUCAUUCACCUACCCCCUCGGUCCACCGAACACCGCUGGCCCCUGUCUCUCCAAUCCCGCUCUUCUCUUUAUACUGGAUAUCUCCCCUCUCCACUCUUAGUCUUGAUGCAGGGUUUUGACCCGAAACAUCGACAGUUCCUUUCCCCCCACAGAUGCCACUCAACCCUCUGAGUUCCCUCAGCAGAUUGUUUGUUGCUCCAGAUUUUAGAAUAUGUACUCUCUUGUGUCUGGGGUUUAUCUGAGCCUCUCUGUUGUUAGGAGCUACCCUGGCUUCUCUGCGGUUGGGAUCCACACAGGUCUCUGUAAUUUGGAUCGACAUGGUCCAAAUUACAUUCAAAUGUAAUUUGAAUGCCUGUGGUUCAGCUCAGCACAGGCCUCACUAGGAUUAAGUUCUGCACAAGCCACUGUAUGAAUGGAGUCUCUGCAGAAUCCAACUUAUUGAGGAUUUGCAGGUCUCAAACUGGCUUGGCUCCAAGUUAAUACAGAGUAUUUAGGUUCCCUGACCAUGAGCAAUCCAAGUGCAAUUAUAUUAAAAGCUUUGAAUUGUCUCCCAUGAAAACUAAUGAAGGAAUCCUGAAGUCUGUCAAUAACCUAUUUCACAUCAGGAGGGAGUGUGGCUUCGGCCUUUGUUUUGACAGUUUGAACUAAAAUAAACAGCUCUCCUCAUAUAUUUAACCUGAUUGUGUGCGUGCUGUAUAACACACCUUCUGUCUCCUGUUAACAUGCGUUACAGAGACGCAACAAUGCAGGUUUGGCAGAACAGAAACAACUGCAGGAGAAAGUCAAGCAGCCUCUUGAACUUGCUCCACCAUGCUAAAAUUUCACAGCUGACCAUAUAACUUAAAUUUACUUUCCAGUCCUAUCCCAUAUCUCUUGAUUCCCUUGAUGAUCAACAAUCCAUCAAUUGCAGCCUUAAAAAUACUUAGAGGUUGAGCAGCCACAACUUUGUGGGACAGACAAUUCCAGAGAUUUACAAGUUUCUAAGGGGAAAAAUUCCUCUUCCCUUAUUCCUUAAUGGCCAACCCCUUAUCUGGAGACUUUAACCCCUACUUUUCCUAAUUAUCCUUUUGCAAAGAAAUGCUGAUUAAUUUUGCCACUCUUUCCACUGCCCGUAACACCAAUAACUGCCACCAUUAAACCCAGGGAGACAGGGUUACCUGCCUUAUAGCACCAGAUACAUAAAGGCUAUCAGGAAAAUAUAUGCAAUUACACUGCAGUUGACAAAAUUAACCCUUCCUUACUUCUUGUAAAGGAUAAUCCAUAUGGUUUAACAGGUCAAAGAAAGAGAAAGUGAAAGAAAUAUUAAUAAGUAUUAAGGCAACCCCUUCACUCAAUAACAGAAGGUAUUUAUCUGGUAAAUGUUUAGAAAUGGUAUCCCUUUCAGUCCCAUUGAGUCUUCUUUAAAAGUGUCCACUGCAUUUUAUAAUGUUUGAUCUUUCAAAUCCCGGUGAAGCCAAACCUAGGAAUUCUAUCCUGGGAAGCAGACCUCCUGGAUCAGUUGGAUUUGUGGCAUAGUUGUGCAGUUCAUAAAGCAUUCACUGGGAAACAAAAAACUCUGGCUUUGCAAUGCCUGACCCCUCAAUUCAGGCCCUCAAAAUCAGGAACGCAGACCAAUAGUAACUAGGGACACUCAGAAAUAGCACUCAGAACCAAAUAACAGGGACAAAAAGAGGGCAUCAAUAUAAAAACAUUGAAGACAAAAUCAGGAGUAUAGUCCCUAAAACUACUGAAUAAAGUCAAGGUGCAGGUCUAAAAAAAAUUAGCCAAACUUUAUUUUAUAAUGUGGAGUGCCAUGGACACCCAAAAAAACUGAUAUUUUUGCUUUUCUGUUAUUUAUGUUAUAAUUUUCAUGUAUUCCAAUGUAAAAAGAAACUACUGCUAUUAAUUGUCUUCAAUGAAACUUUAUAUCAAAAGGGAAGUAAACAAGCAGCAAAUACUAUGACAUUUGUCUAGAUCCAGCAAUCAUCUCCUAAUCUGGAGAGAUCAGAGGCCAUGGUUGGUUGUGUUAAUAUCUAGUGUCUGACAAUUCAAGGGAAAUGAAACUAUAUUAUAACAGGCAAUUGGGCAAAUAGAAGAUAAAGUCUGAGGCGCUUUAGGUGAUCCAGACCAAAAUGCAAUUGCAAAUAGUAUCUCAGAACCAACACUAAAUAACACAGCUCAGAGGAAGGAAGUCUCUCCAGAGUUCAUCACUCUGUUUUAAGCACUGGUUUGGACCCUGUUGGAGUUGAAGCCCUUUCUGGGCAUCACGUGUUAUGAAUGAUGUCAAGACCUUGAAGAAAGGGCAGAGGACAUUUACUGAAAUUGAACGGGAUAAAGGAACUUCAGCAAUACACAAAGAGGCAAUGCUGAAAGCAGAUCAGGCAGAGUAGUGGAUCUCGUUAAUGUUUCAGGUCAAUGACCCUGUAAAACUCAGCAAUACCCUUUCAAAAUUGAAUUGUCAUGGGCCAGGGUAGAGGAAGACGAGCAAUGGGCAAGGAUUAGGAUUAGAGGCAAGUGCGUAAUACUCUAAAUCUGUUCACUUUGAUUACCAUUCAUUUUUAUGUACUUUUUUCCAGAGUUUAUGUGGUUUGAAUUGCUGAAUUUUAUAGGUUUCUCUUUGUUAUGUAUGCAUUUGUUUUUUUUUCUUGCUAUUUGGUAGUUUUUAACAAGAUUUAUAAAAACUGUUGCCAAUUAUUACAUCUCAGUACAUGCUUCAGCAGAACUUAAGGUUUGUUCUUAUUGGACUUUAGCAUAGACUUUAAUAAAAUUAUAAAUGGA